GGGGUAGAGAGAGAAAGAAGAGAGAGAGAGAGAGAGAGAGAGAGAGAGACGUGCAUGCUCGAUCUAUAUCUAUAUAUAUAUAUAUAUAUAUUAAUAAUAGAAAAAAUAUAUACAUUUGGAAAUCAAUACAUCAUUUUCAUCACUGAGAGAGAUAUUUUGCUCAAUAUUAAAAUUAGGUCUUGUAGUCGCUGUUAAUCGGAUCUGUCGUUUACCAUUUUCGGAGUGUGAAGAAAACACCAAUAAAGAUACGAGAUUUCCAGAUCUCGAAUCAGGAUUUCGCAUCAACUGAUGCAAUUGGGAGUGUGAUGGCGAACAAGUUCAAUUCAGGGGACAAUAGGACGAGGAGUUCCGUUUCUAUCUUUAUAGUAGCUGGUCUUUGCUGCUUCUUCUACCUAUUAGGAGCAUGGCAGAGAAGUGGGUUCGGCAAAGGGGACAGCAUAGCACUAGAGAUGACGAAAAGUGGAGAAAACUGCAACAUUCUCCCAAACCUCAAUUUUGAAACCCAUCAUGGCGGUGAAGCUGGGAUAAUCGACGAUCCAGAUUCGAAAGUGACGGCAUUUAAGCCAUGUCACACUCGGUACACCGAUUACACGCCUUGCCAAGAUCAAGGACGUGCAAUGACUUUCCCGAGGGAAAAUAUGAUCUACCGUGAGAGGCACUGCCCUCCACAGGCAGAGAAGUUGCAUUGCCUUAUUCCAGCUCCUGAAGGAUACGUAACCCCGUUUCGAUGGCCGAAGAGUCGCGAUUAUGUACCCUAUGCGAAUGCCCCAUACAAGAGUUUGACGGUGGAGAAAGCUAUUCAGAACUGGAUCCAGUACGAGGGCAAUGUGUUUAGGUUUCCCGGUGGCGGAACACAGUUUCCCCAAGGGGCCGAUAAGUACAUUGACCAGCUUGCUUCGGUUAUACCGAUUGCAAAUGGUACUGUUAGGACUGCAUUGGACACUGGUUGUGGGGUGGCAAGUUGGGGAGCAUAUCUAUGGAAAAGAAAUGUUAUAGCAAUGUCUUUCGCGCCAAGAGAUUCACACGAAGCCCAGGUUCAGUUUGCUCUAGAAAGGGGUGUACCUGCUGUCAUUGGUGUUCUUGGAUCAAUAAAAGUUCCGUAUCCAUCCAGAGCUUUUGACAUGGCUCAUUGUUCCCGUUGUCUUAUUCCAUGGGGGAUAAAUGAUGGAUUGUAUAUGAAGGAAGUUGAUCGUGUGCUUAGACCAGGUGGCUAUUGGGUGCUUUCAGGCCCGCCCAUCAAUUGGAAGAUUAACUACAAGGCAUGGCAAAGACCAAUGGAAGAACUUCAAGAAGAACAAAGAAAGAUCGAAGAGGCCGCUAAACUUCUCUGCUGGGAGAAAAAGUCCGAGAAAGGUGAAAUCGCUAUAUGGCAGAAGACACUUGAUUCCGCUGCUUGCCGUGCCAAACAAGAAAGUUCUGGAGCAACAUUCUGUAAAUCUGACGAUACCGAUGAUGUCUGGUACAAGCAAAUGGAGCAAUGUAUAACUCCUAAUGAUAAUGAUAACAUCGUAGAUCUUAAACCAUUCCCUGAGAGGCUUUAUGCUGUACCCCCGAGAAUUGCCAGUGGUUCCGUUCCUGGGGUUUCCGUCGAGGCAUUCAUGGAGGACAGUAGACAAUGGAAAAAACAUGUCAAUGCCUAUAGAAAGAUCAACCAGAUUAUUGAUUCUGGAAGGUACCGAAACAUUAUGGAUAUGAAUGCUGGACUUGGAGGUUUUGCUGCUGCACUUCAUUCUCCGAAAUUCUGGGUCAUGAAUGUUGUCCCCACUAUUGCCGAGAAAAAUACCCUCGGUGUUGUUUAUGAACGAGGAUUGAUUGGAAUAUAUCAUGACUGGUGUGAAGCCUUCUCUACAUAUCCAAGGACAUACGAUCUCAUUCAUGCUAAUGGUGUUUUUAGCUUGUACAAGGACAAGUGUGACUUUGAAGACAUUUUGUUAGAGAUGGACCGAAUCCUUCGACCAGAAGGUGCAGUAAUAUUCAGAGACGAAGUUGACGUACUUGUGAAAGUGAGGAAGAUAAUCGGUGGCAUGAAAUGGGACUCCAAAAUGAUGGACCACGAGGAUGGCCCACUUGUCCCCGAGAAAAUACUCGUCGCAGUUAAACAAUACUGGGUAGGCAACUCCACUUCUCCUCAGUGAAAAACCAAUCACAAUUCACACCAAUUUUUCGUAAUAUUAUGAAAAACUCGAGUGGCAAUUCUUUGAUUUCUUAUUUAAUUCCCCAAGAAAUUUCACCACAAGAGAGUCUUAUCGAAUCGGUAAUUUUGCCACGAAAGGGUUGAAGUUGGUGUCGGGUUUUAGGUCAGUUAAGUUAUAGUUUGUAUUCUGUAACACUAAUGCAAUUUAUUUCCCCCCCAACAUUAUCAAGAGAGAGACAGUCACUCGCAUUUUGUUAUAUUUGAUUAUUUAUAUUCAAUAUUUAUUGUCGCGACGCGUAUUUUUUCC